AUGUCUCCUGCGGUGAAGCUCACAAAUCGCCAUGCAGUGCUACCCAACGAGUCAACGGUGCCGUACACUUUGGCCGCUGAGAAGUGCGCAUCCACGACCCAGAGCCGGGGAAUCGCAAGCACAGGGACCGCACUUGAAGGCGAAGGAGAAGACGAGACGUCCCUCACAUCAGCGUCGCCAUCGCCCGAGGACGAGCCUCCAGACCUCCUAGCGGGGCUGAGGACGCCGCCAAACGCUGCCCGGCGCGGUGCUGAGGGCCCCCGGGGACCACCUCAGUCCUUCGGUCCCCGGGGGGAUGACAGCGCCUUGGGAUCGGAGCUGGUGGCGACGGCCCGCGAGGUAUUCACCAGGCAGCCUGAAUCUGCCCGGGGUCCGUUGCCGUCUCUACCCCGGGAGAUUCGGGAGGCGCUGUACGGCCACCGUUGGGAUCGUGUGUUGGUGGAUGUACGGCGGUCGGUUGAGCGGAGGCCAUUACCCGGGGGCAAGGAGGAGGUGUACACGGCCAUGGUGGCGACGGGGAACAUGGCGGGUAUCUUUGGUUUGGGUUUGGGGGUGGCGGACACGGCCCAGCUGGCUGUUGCUCGAGCCCACCUGGACAGCUUCUCCCGCCUGACUGCCGUACCGCUGUACCGCGGACACACCAUUUACCACCAGCUCGAACACAGCUACCACAGAAUGAAGGCAGGUGGUGGCAGGAGGGGGGAGCAUGCAGCUUCAAUCAUUCUGUUGAUGCCCCGCCCCGAGGGCUGGGGUCUCCGCUGCAGUGACCUCAUGUACGAGCUGUGCAAUGUGGUUGGGCUGAGGAAUGUGUCCAUUCGGUUGAGAGGCCGGGUGAAGAACAAGUUCUAUGUGGCGCAGUGCUUCCAGGAGGCCCUUCUGAAGCAGACGACACCGCACGACGGAGUGGAGGCAACGGGGAUGUAUGUACGAGAGGUGUACGCGCGCAAGGAACUGCCGUACGGGCUCAGACGGGGCGUGGAUGUGAUUUGA